GCAAGCCUUGUUUUUCUCACUGCUUGAAUCAAAAGCUAGGAAAGGAAGAUAGCUGAAAGGCCAGAAGAGUGAAUAAACUGAGAUCUAGAUAAUAAGUAGUAUCUUCGCUCCAUCUAAGGAUACCCUUGUUAAUUGACCAAAAUCUUUCCUAGGUUUUUUGCGUUUUUUUCAGGCUAUGUGGCCAUGUUCUAGAAGAUUUUCUUCCUGACGUUUUGCCAGCAUCUGUGGCUGGCAUCUUCAGAGAAAAUCUUUCCUAGUUCAGCAUUUCCUUUGUACAGUGACCCACCAGAUGAUCCUGUAAAGCCCAUAAACAGGAUAUGAAUAAACAUAAUGUUUAAUUUUCUACAGGGGUAGUGAAUACAUACAUGCUAGCAGUAUUUAUACUGGAGAAGAGCAUGAAACAAAUGUGAAUGUAGUCAGUAUAUUAAGAUGGUAAACUCAUAUCUUUUAAAUUACUCUCCAAAUAUGUGAAACCUGACAACUUGGCUGAAUUGAAUACAGUACUAAAUAUAGACGGAAAGUACACUCUGUUUCAGAGCUGAGCUAGUGGAUUCAGUGGAGACACUCCAAUGGAUUUCCAGAACACAAGGAGAAUAGCAAACAGUAUAUUUUCUACUGGAACAUAAUGCUGGAGUUCUGCACCAGAAGUUUAACUAAAAUGUAUGAUGGACAGUUCUGCUGAAAAUGAUGCAGAAAAUUCUCAUGAUGAAGGAAGACUUUAUGUUGUCGAUUCCUUAAACAACUUAAACGCGCAAAAUCAUUGUCUCGUUCAUUCUCAGCACCCAAUCUGGGAAGAGAAUACAGAGAGCACUGGAUGUUUGAUGAUGCAAAACAGCCUGAGAUGCCAAAGCUGGUUCUUCGUCACAUCUAUCAUUACUUUAAUUGUCAGCCUGGCACUUGUUUCUUUUGUAAUAAUCUUAAUAGUUCACACUGGAGAUAAGAUGGAUGAAGUUUCAAGAAAAAUAGUAUUAGAAAGGAAGAGCAUUGAAGACCUUAAGAAAUUUCAUGAUAUGAUUUUACAGUACCUCAACCAGACUGAAUUGAUGGAGAAUAUAGAAAAUAUUAGCACAGUGCAAACAAGACAACCAAGUCAUGAUCUUCCAGGAUAUUGACUGAUAAAUGCUGAGCUGAAAGCCUCAGGGUGGUGGGUCACUCUGUGUAAUAAAAACAAUUCUGUUUA